GGCCCUCACAAGCAACAAAAUUAUUUUUUUAAAGAUCCCGAUUUAGGACUUUAUUAUUAUUUCUUUUUUUUUAUUUUUUUUUGUGAAAGGUUACAAUUUUGCCAAAUAGAUGAAUAAAAAAUUAAAUGGAUAUAUCUAGGCGAUUAACAAUAACAUCGAAUUUUCUCCAGUGCCAAAAUUUUCGGAAUAUCCCAAUAAAGGAUUAAAAUCCAACGACCCCAGAAUCCUUCUAUCAGAUGAAAAAUCAGCCAAAUUGGGCUACUGAACUCACCAACGUUUUUGUUUUUUUUUUUUGAUAAAAGAGUUGUGUUUGUGAUCCUCUUCAUUUUUCUUUACCAAUUCUUAACUAUCCAAUUUUAUUUAACAAAAUGCCUUUCCAAAAGUACACUACCAUCGUCAUAUGGAAUUCAGCAAGCACCAACGUUUUGAUCGAGUUGUUUUCCGAUUACGUUGUAAACGUGGGUGUUAUUCGCUCACCUCAAGAAAAGCUGAAUUUGAACAAGGCAACGGAAGAUGCUUUUAAUGCCAGUGACGCUAUCAACGGUAGAAGGGACUUUGCAGCGAUGAAUAACAAGUGGAUUCGCCUCUGUGAUACAUUCAGAACCAGACGAGACGAUGCUAAUUCUACUGGUAGUGCACCUCUUCAACACUGGGAGUUUCACGAUCUGAUGGAACAGGCAACAUCGAGAAUGCAGUAAAACUGUAGUGGAGACUUUGUUGUCGGUAAAGUGUAGAAAUGUCUGAUUCCAUAAUCAUAUUCAUAUCAUCAUCAAGUCCAAAUAAAAUUUAUUGCGAUUCAGCAACUACUGUAACAAUUUGAGAUAGGUUCAUUUUGUUUUCUCUAGAAAUAAAAAGUAUAUCGAAACAAUACAGUCCUUGAAAAAUAAUAACAGAUAGGUUAGCAUUUUGAGUGAACGUUAUAUUUUAAUCGUUCAAAAAGGGUCAUUAAAAAGCAAUGUCAUGGAUUUUGGAAAAAGCUUUCUUUUGGAAGUCUGAAGUAACCUUUCACAAAAAAAAAAAAAAAAAAAAAAAAAAUAAUAAUAAAGUCCUUAAUCGGGAUCUUUAAAAAAAUAAUUUUUUUGCUUGUGAGGGCC